CUCCAACACACAAACACCCCACCCCAAGCUGAAAACUAAAGUAUUCUAUGGCUGGAAAACACAUUGGCUGAGGAAUGCGUUUGCUACAGCAGCACUGAGACUAUGAAAAGGGGUGUCUAGAAAUUGCAUAUAAAGUGUAACUGACAGAAUGGCAGCCACCGUUACUGAGAGCAGCUCUGAGGAUCAAUCCAGACGAAUAUUCUGCAAGAACCCAUUUCUCAAUAUCAAGUUUUUUGUGCUCUGCCAUGGGUUUCUCCAGCUGUCCCAGCUCCUGCUAUCUGGCUAUCUGAAAAGCUCAAUUUCAACAAUUGAGAAGCGGUUUGGCUUAUCCAGUCAGACAUCCGGAUUGCUCGCUUCCUUCAAUGAGGUUGGGAACACAUUGCUGAUAGUCUUCGUAAGUUACUUUGGAAGCAGAGUGAACAGGCCCCGUUUCAUUGGCUGCGGCGCUAUUCUUGUAUCCAUAGCUGGGUUUCUCAUGUCUCUUCCUCACUUUAUAACCGGGCUCUACGAAUAUGACCAGUCCAUUGCCAGUGUGUUCAGCAAUUCUACUGAUCUCUGCCAACCUGCUAUAUCCACCAGAAACCUCAGUGACACAGACUGCACCCCACAUGCCGUGAAAGAAAACCGCGAGGUCCUGCUGAUCCUGUUUAUUGGCCAGGCUUUGCUAGGGAUUGGAGGGGUCCCCAUCCAGCCCUUUGGGAUCUCUUACAUUGAUGAUUUUGCCAGUGAGAGAAACUCACCUCUCUAUUUAGGAAUCCUGUUUGCUCUGACUAUCAUCGGACCUGGCGUGGCAUUCAUGUUAGGAUCUGCCAUUUUGCGCUUUUAUGUGGACAUUGACAAAGUUCCCCCAGAGGAAGUUCAGCUCACUAACAAAGAUCCCCGAUGGGUUGGAGCCUGGUGGCUCGGCUUCCUGGUCGCAGCCACUCUCGUGGCCUUAUCUGCCAUCCCUUAUUUCUUCUUCCCAAAAGAAAUGCCUAAAGAGGUGGUGAAAGGGAGCAAGAGUGAAGUUAAGACGAGCAAAGACUUACUGAACCAGCUUAAAUCCAAAUCGGAAAUCUUGCAAAACCUCUCCUUAACCCAGUUCAUAAGAAUCUUUCCUGUGGUUUUGUUGAGAAAUCUCCGGCAUCCAGUCUAUCUGCUGGUGGUUUUGGCCCAAGUCAAUCUGUCUGCCAUGGUUGCCGGUUUAGCAACAUUCAUGGGCAAAUUCCUGGAGAGGCAGUUCUCUCUCACUGCAUCAUUUGCCAACAUGAUCAUAGGUUCUGUGAACAUCCCCGGGGCAAUGAUUGGAAUAGUGGCGGGUGGCGCCAUCAUGAAGAAGUUCCAAAUGACUCUGAAACAGUGUGGCGGCAUGUGUGUCAUUGGCAUGCUCCUCUGUGUGAUCUUUGCCUUUCCCCUCCUCUUCCUGGGCUGCCCUACGCAGAAAGUUGCUGGCCUGAACUACAGACGAAGCUCUGAUGUUGGACAACACUCUUUUGAAUGUAACAGUAAAUGCAACUGCCUCGAUAAGGCCUAUAACCCUAUAUGUGGGGCUGAUGGGAUUGAAUACAUCUCUCCAUGUUUUGCUGGCUGUGAAGUUGUAAACUCUGAUGUGGUUGAAAAUAAAGUUCUGGUGAGUAAAAUUUUUUUCUUCACUCAGCACUAAAGCCCUGACUUGGCA